AUGGAACAAUUCCGCAAGACAAUGGUUCCUCACUUUCUCACCAAACUCUGGGUGUUAGUUGACGAUGCUGUCUUGGACCAUGUGAUUCGCUGGAGCAAGGAUGGUCACAGCUUUCAGAUUGUGAAUGAAGAAACUUUUGCCAAAGAAGUACUACCAAAAUAUUUCAAACAUAACAGACUAGCAAGCUUUAUUCGACAACUCAACAUGUAUGGUUUCCGAAAGGUGAUUGCACUGCAGAGUGAAAAGACUAGCCAGGAGAAUAAAAUAACUAUUGAAUUUCAGCAUCCACUUUUCAAAAGGGGAGAAGCCUAUCUUCUUGCAAACAUUAAGCGAAAGGUGCCAACAAUAAAAAUUGAAGAUGCCAGCCUUUACUCUGAUGAGUUUCAGAAAAUUGUGACUGAAAUGCAAGAGUUUAAAGACAUGCAGAGAAGCAUGGAUGCCAAAUAUGCACAAAUGAAACAGGACUAUUCAGACCUAUAUCUUGAAAUUACAAACCUAAGAAAGAAGUACUGUGAGCAACAACAACUGUUGACACAGGUGCUCCAUUUUAUCUUGGAUUUGAUGAGUGAAAACCAUACAGUACUAAAAAAGAGGAAAAGGUCAUUAUCAUUCAUAUCUGAAGCUUCAGAUUCUGAAUGGGAUCAUCAGUAUCUCCAUAUUCCUGAAGACAAAAAGAAGGAAGCUAUGGAGAUCUUAAAGGAUGGUUAUGAACUUGUUGAAGACAAAUAUAAAAGUCUCCUUGAUAGGGUCUUACCAAUCCUGAAAGAAUCCAAAAAGUUAAUUUCAUCUGCAGACCAGCCAAGUGGAGGUGAUGGAGAACACCCUAAAGUAUUGGUUCAGGAUAAACCUGUGAAUGAAGAGUCACUGACCAUUCAGUUGGAUUUGACCAUACCAGUUUUACCAGAACAAAUAAUUGAAGAAUCUGUUGAACAAGAACCUAAGGAUAUUUCUUUGGAAUUAGAUCUUUCUUCUCAGGAUUCAAUUUUGAUGAAAGAUAAAUCAGACAAUUUAAAUAACAAUAUAAUUAACAGGGAUAAAAUGAAUGUGCAUCAUACUGAAGGAAAUUUGUUAGAUCUAAAUUCAUUACUAUCUAGGAAGGCAUUGAAUUACGACUCUGAUCAUUUCAGUGAGAGUCUAAGUCUAAUGAAAAAUGAAGAAGAGAAAAGUCUGCUUGAUCCCAAUGGGGAAAAAGACAAACGUAAGAGACAAUAUAUGGAGAAACCUGAGUUUUUCCUCUUGGAUGGGACACCAAUAUGUGAUUUUGGAGAAAAUCUUCAAGAUUAUGACAUACUUUUGGAUGAUCUGAAGAACCCACCAAAUGUCAUAUCAGCUUUAUGCGACCAUGAUUAUGUAGCCUCCAAUAUUUCUACUCCACAAGAAGAUACUACUGAAAAUGUUAUUCCCCAGUUAUAUACAGAAGCCAGUGGGGAAUCCAGCAUGCUUCCUUUUUUCUUUCUCAACCGUUACUAA